AUGUGGAGGGACCUCUCUAUUGUAGGGGUGGUGGUUGUUGUCUUCUUGUUUUGUUUGUCUCAAUUUGAAAUUCAUGAUACAAAGGCAUUUAAUUGCUUAUUAAAAGAAGAAAAACAAAGAAAGUCGGACCCCUACUUCGUCCCCCUAGACGGAAGCCCCCCGGCCUACGUCGCCAGAGGCUCUCUACCUUGUGUAGAAGAUGUCGUCGCCUUUGCAAACUCUAAAAGAGCGGGCGCAGAUGGCGUUGUGGGCACAGAGGACGAUCAGCUAACGAUUGAAGAACAUCUUGAUUUGCUGGGGGCCUCUUUAGAGGCAAAUUUUGUCGGUGGUUUUUGGGUGUAUUCGCCCUUCUUCCUUUCGUACGAGCAUUACGGCUCGGCAGUGAGAAGCCAAAUACUUAUCAGCGAUGUUGAUGAGUUGCUGCUGCUGCGCGUGCUGCCGCCUGGAGCAAAUUUUAUAAUUAAUACCGGCGGCCAAAACAGACACAUCUUCAUGCUAGAGGGCUCUCUAACUGUUUCUAGGGAAGCACCGCUGAGGCCUCUGCAGCUGCAUGCGAGGCUGCCGCAGCAGCAGCAGCAGCAGCAGCAGCUGAAUCCCUCUUCUCCGGUGCGGGCGACUUCUCUUCGCCUCAAGCCCGGCAGAAAGGUCCUUGUGGGAGCGCCUGAUGCUCGUGGAGCCAUAUAUUUGGAGCACAUCAGUGCACACGUUCCGCGGGCUGCUUUCACGAUGUUUGCUUUGCCUUCCCUCGUCUACGGCUGGGAUCUCGAGUCUGCGUUGGUAUCUCUCCGUGGGGUGUACAGCAGUUUGUUUGAAAACGUAGUAUUGCCUUUAACAGAUUUGUUGUGGAAGGAUGAGGCCUCAGCAGCAGCAGCAGCAGCAGCAGCAGGCAGCAGCGAGCGGCAGCAGCAAAAAAUAGAACGUCAAUCUCUGUCUGAUGCGUUAGAAACACAAGAAGAGGAAGCAUUUAAUAUGUUGCGAGAGAUGCAGAAGAAAGCUCAAGAAAAAGCAGCAGAACAAGCCAGCACAAAUGCAGCAGCAGGUGGAGCACAGCAGCAGCAGCAGCAGCAGCAGCAGCAACAGCAGCAGCAGCAACAGCAGCAGCAGCAGCAGCAGAAGCAGCAGCAGAAGCAGCAGCAGAAGCAGCAGCAGGAGGAAGACGACGACGAAGAUGAUGAAGAUGAUGAUGAUGAUGAUGCUGAACAAGACGACCCUAUUGGACAUGACGAACUCUAA